GGGGUUCCAAGAGGCUGCGGUUGGCCAUGGCCUUAGACUCCACCGUAAGCCUUCCUGACCUGCUCUGUUCCUGGGAGGAGGACCGAAAGUUGGUCCUACGUGGCUGGUCCCUCGUCUUCAUCUUCCUGGCAACUUUGUUGGUGUUCAGCGUGGUGGAUGGGCGGAUGGCCUAUGUGCAAGGUCCGUACACGGGCUUCAUCGGCAUCUGGAUUGACUGCAGGAGGCAUAAGUGUGCCAACGUGGGCCAAUUCACUGUUUACAUUCACAUGAGCAAGGGCUUCGUAUUUCUGGCCCUGGCACUAUGCCUCAUCCUCCUGCCCACCAUGUUCCUCUCCUUCCGACCAGUCUGCCGCCGCCUGAACAAGAUAGACUUCAUCUUCAGUUUCUUCAGCAUUGGCAUCGUGCAGGGCUCCUGAUUCUCCUCAGCCUGACGCUCUUUGUCGUCAACUGCAAUAGGCUGCGCCCGAGGCCACAGGUAUCCUACCAGCUGGCCUUCUACCUGUGCUGGUGCGCCAGCGUCUUGAUGCUGUGGGCCGGAACUUUGUCGUUCCUCAACCAAGUGCGGAUGUGGAACUACACUACGCCUUUCAUGGAGAGGAGGCUCAGCUACUUCCGUUGGGCCUCGCGACACCACUCGUUGCAGUUGCAAUUGCAGCACUUGGAGCCCGCCCAGAAGCUGUCUGCUGCAAGCAGCUUUGUGAACUACCAUGGGGCUCCCCAACAGAGGGACGCCGCAACUUCUCAGGACACUGAUGAGUCCCCGCGGCCAGAUGCCUCUACCUCUGUCCCCGUGACUCAGUUUCCAUCAGACCUCCCUUGAGGUCCCAUACGUCCCCUGAGAGCAGGUAGCACCCUCGGGACACAGGUGGCAAGCCCGGCUCCCUGCUCUAGGGCCCACUUCUUGCUGCCUGAGUCUUGGCAGGGACUGUACUCUGGAAGUCUUCCAAUACUCUCAGCUGCGGCUGUGUCCUUCUGAGCAGACACUGGUUUGUGGUCCCAAGCCGCGGGAGCAGUGUGGUCCUUUUCCCAAGCGGGGCGAUGCUCCGCCCCACAGGGCAUGCCCCUAAGCCACUCUUCAUCCUUUGGUCCAGCCCUACCAGAGACAUCCAGGGGCCCCAGGUGGACACUCUGCAGCCUAGCCUUGGGGGCAGUCCCUGCCCUUUUGUGGACAGACCCCUUCCCAGGAAGUCAAGGCUUAAUUAAUGUAACACCCC